AUGGAUCCAAGACUUCAACAAGCAGCUGAAUCUGGAAGCAUCGAUGAGCUUACCAUUGUGACCACUCCCCUCCACGUAGCUGCAGCUUCUGGGAACUUACCAUUUGCCAAGGAGAUGCUGAAUUUCAAGCCCUCUUUUGCCAGAAAGCUCAACACAAAAGGGAUGAUCUGGCUUGACGGCGGUCUUGCCCGCGUUAAAGGGAGAAACAGCAUCACGCCGUUUCAUUUACUAGCGCUAAAAGGAAACGCAGACCUUGUGGCAAGGAGCCUUCGUAAAUCCCCUGAGUGUAUCCAAGAUGAGAGCGUAGAUCGCCAGAAUGCUCUGCAUCUUGCUGUGAUGCAUGAUAGGUUUGACGUUCUCCAAGUCCUCACAGGAUGGAUCCAGAGAAUGAGCCAAAGAGACGCUGACUCCAUUGAGAGUCGUGUUUUGAAUAAUGUGGAUAUUGACUACAACAUGAUCGCCAGACGGUCUUGCCAGAAACGAUUUUCUUAA